GUGAAUGUUACUAAGACACUCUUCUAUGCAUUCAUAUUUGAAAGAAAAAAAAGAACACAAAAUAAAAACGUUUCUCCUUUUCUUUCCCUCCAACAAACAAACAAAUAACCCCUACCAACUAUUUUCUGUGUUUAUAUUUGUUUUGUUUUGUCACAACUCUUACUCUUGUCGUUUUUCAUACCAUUCUUAAACGUUUUCGUCUCAAAAACAGAGGAAAAGUGGCCAUAGACAACAUAAACCAAGACAAGUGUUUUGUGAUGUCAAGCUUCAAACAUGUUUCUUUGUUCUUCUUUUUGUCCAUGGCUUUUAAUUUUCCACAAAAGUUUGGAUCCAACGCUCAACUUUUACCACAAGAUGAAGUGAAAUUACUACAAACAAUAUCAGACAAGGUAGAUAACUUGAAUUGGAAGGUUACAGAACAUUCUUGCAAUGGGGAUAAAGGAUUUGGUAAUGCUAAUAUUUUAGAGGAUCAAAUCACAAGGAAUGUCACGUGUGAUUGCUCUUUCAAUGCUAGCACUGUUUGCCAUGUCACAUUGAUCUUGCUCAAGGGUAUCAAUAUAUCUGGAGUUUUUCCCACUGAAUUUGGAAAUCUUACUCAUCUCAAAAUACUUGAUCUCACUAGGAAUUAUCUAAAUGGCUCAAUUCCAAAGAGUCUUGGACACCUCUCACUUGUGACACUGUCACUUUUGGGAAAUAGACUCAGUGGUACAAUUCCCUCAGAAAUUGGUGAUAUUGCCACCCUGCAAGAAUUGAACUUUGAAGAUAAUGAACUUGGAGGGCCUCUUCCUCCUAGCCUUGGAAAUUUGAAAAACUUGCAGAAAUUGAUGCUUUCUGCAAAUAAUUUUACAGGACAAAUACCAGAAUCAUUUGGUAAUCUAAAGAAUCUCAGUAAUUUUAGGAUAGAUGGAAGCAGUUUAUCUGGAAAGAUCCCAAGUUUUAUUGCAAAUUGGACCAAACUUGAUAGAUUGGAUUUGCAAGGUACAAAUUUGGAAGGUCCAAUUCCCCCUGCUGUAUCUCUGUUGAAAAGUUUGACAGAAUUGAGAAUAUCUGAUUUGAAGGGACCAACCAUGACAUUUCCUGAUCUGAAGGAUUUGAAACGAAUGAUAAGAUUGGAAUUGAGAAAUUGCUUAAUCACUGGUCCCAUUCCUGACUACAUUGGUGAAAUGAAAAAUUUAAAAACUCUAGAUUUGAGCUCCAACAGAUUGACUGGUCCGAUCCCAGAUUCAUUUCAGGACUUGGAAUCAAUCAAUUUUAUGUUCCUGACUAACAACUCUCUGAAUGGAACAAUUCCAGGAUGGAUUCUGAGCAACAAAAAGAACUUUGAUUUAUCUUUCAACAACUUUACAUCAUCUUCUGCAUCUGAAUGCCAGCCGUUGGAUGUGAACUUAGCUUCCAGCCACUCUCCUUCAGCAAACACUUCAUUGUCUUGUUUGAAGAUGGGCCUUCCUUGUUCAGGAAAACCUCGGUAUCAUUCACUAUUCAUAAAUUGUGGAGGACCUGCAACUGAGUUUGAUGACAAUGAAUAUGAAGACGACGGACAUCUACGUGGAAUUUCAAGCUUUUCUCAAAGUGUUGAUGGAAAAUGGGCUUAUAGCAGCACAGGAGUAUUUCUAGGAAAUGAAAAAGCUGAUUAUGUGGCAAAAAAUGUGUUCUCUUUGAAUAUUAACGGUUCCGAAUACUAUCAAACAGCGCGCAUUGCCCCAAUAUCUCUUAACUACUUUGGCUUUUGUAUGAUGAAAGGAAAUUAUAAAGUGAAACUUCAUUUUGCUGAGAUAAUGUUUUCUAAUGACCAUACUUUCAGCAGCCUUGGAAGGCGCAUAUUCGAUGUUUCAAUUCAAGGUUUUAAAUAUUUGAAAGAUUUUAACAUUGUGGAAGCAGCUGGUGGAGUUGGCAAAGGAAUCACUAGGGAGUAUAAUGUUGAUGUUAAUGAUAGCACUUUGGAAAUCCACUUAUCUUGGGCAGGAAAAGGAACUAACGCAAUUCCUAAUAGAGGUGUAUAUGGACCUCUUAUAUCUGCCAUCACUGUGACUCCAAACUUUAAAAUUCCUUCAAAUGGGUUGUCUUCUGGAGCAAUUGCUGGAAUUGUGAUUGGAUCAUUGGUGCUUGUGAUUCUGAUACUCUUUGUCCUUUGGAAGAUGGGUUACAUUUGUAGGAAAGAUCAAACUGACAAAGAGCUCCUAGAAUUGAAAACAGGCUAUUUUAGUCUGAGACAAAUUAAGGCUGCUACUAAUAACUUUGAUCCAGAAAAUAAGAUAGGCGAAGGAGGAUUUGGUCCAGUUUACAAGGGUGUACUGUCAGAUGGUGCUGUGAUUGCUGUUAAACAGCUCUCUUCGAAAUCAAAGCAAGGGAACCGCGAAUUCGUUAACGAAAUAGGCAUGAUAUCUGCUUUGCAACAUCCAAAUCUUGUCAAGCUUUAUGGCUGUUGCAUUGAAGGAAACCAAUUGCUGCUUGUAUAUGAAUACAUGGAGAACAAUAGUCUUGCUCGCGCUCUUUUCGGCAAACAAGAACAACGGUUGAACUUGGAAUGGCACACGAGAAUGAAGAUCUGUGUGGGGAUAGCGAGGGGUUUAGCUUAUCUUCAUGAGGAAUCAAGGUUGAAAAUAGUUCACAGGGAUAUUAAGGCGACGAAUGUCUUACUUGAUAAGCAUCUGAAUGCCAAGAUCUCUGACUUUGGUUUAGCCAAGCUUGAUGAAGAAGAGAAUACUCAUAUCAGCACGCGAAUCGCUGGGACAAUAGGUUACAUGGCUCCUGAAUAUGCUAUGCGGGGUUACUUGACUGACAAAGCAGAUGUCUAUAGCUUCGGAGUUGUAGCUUUGGAGAUUGUUAGUGGAAUGAGCAACACAAAUUAUAGGCCUAAAGAGGAGUUUGUUUAUCUUCUGGAUUGGGCCUAUGUUCUCCAAGAACAAGGAAAUCUUCUGGAAUUGGUGGAUCCAAGUCUUGAAUCAAAAUACUCCGCAGAAGAAGCCAUGAGAAUGCUGCAAUUGGCACUCCUUUGCACCAAUCCAUCUCCAACUCUUAGACCACCAAUGUCAUCUGUAGUGAGCAUGCUUGAAGGAAAAACUCCGAUUCAAGCGCCGAUAAUCAAACGCAGCGAUAGUACAAAUGGUGUAAGGUUUAAAGCCUUUGAGACUCUAUCACAAGAUAGCCAAAGUCAUGUUUCUUCUACAUUCUUACAAGAUAGUAGAGAGCUAACAGUAAAAUCAAUGGAUGGACCAUGGAUUGACUCUUCCAUAUCUCUUCCAAGUAAAGAUGAUUAUUCUUCAUCUGAUAAGCUUAUUUGAGGUUCUGAAUGUUGUAUGGUUUGUAUGUUAGAAAGAGAUAGAUUCACAUCACAUACAAAUUCUUUUGUAAAGUAUAUAUCAACAAUAGCAAUUCAGAGUAAAAUCAUAGGUACAAAAAGGUGUAGAUGUUUUGAGAACUUAGUCUCUUUUGCUUUUUGUUGUAGAUGUUUUGAGCAAGCAAAAAAGUUGGAAUCUACUCCCAGUAACAUCUCGACUAUAAUAUUCUUAUUUUCCUUGAUACUCCA